AUGGAAACCGAUAGGGACAGCAAAGCAAACCCUAAGGGGACUGAUGAGAUCAAUGAAAUAACUGAUGAAUGGAAUAGUUUUGCAGAUGUUGAUCCUCUCGUAGAUCCACCGACAGCUCCAGAAGAAAGCUUCGAAAUAAUGGAAGAUGGGGACUUACGAGAUCCACCGUUAUCAAGAGAUCUGAUCAGAGACGUCGAAUGGAAGGGAAAUAUUUUGAAAUUAUAUCCAUUAGAUUAUCGAAAAGUACCCAUGGUUAAAUACCAAGUCCUUGCUUCUUUUAUCAUGUUUGCAGUGUUUGGAUUUAACGAUCAGUCAGUCGGUACUUUACUACCAACGUUAAUGGAAUACUACAAUGCUACAAAGGUUCAAGUAUCUAAUAUCUUUUUGAUUCAACUAUCUGGUUAUAUAUGUGCUUCUUUUCUGAACGAAAGGGUGCAUAACAGCUGGGGGAUGAGAGGUGGGAUGUUUGUAGCUGCUGCGUUAUGCAUUGUAUUCUUUUCAAUUCUAAUGUCAAAACCAUCGAAGCUUCCCAUAUUUAUGUUCUGUUGCUUCCCACUAGGAUUAGGUAUUGGGAUUCUUGAUGCCUCUUGUAAUGUUUUGGUUGGGAACAUGCUCGUUCAUAAGAAUGAAUUGAUGGGUAUAAUGCAUGCUGUAUAUGGCUGUGCCGCCAUGUUAACUCCUCCUUUAGUGGCUCAUUUCGUUAAAUGGGGUCACUGGUCAAUGUAUUUUGUGAUUCCUUUCCUUAUGUCUGUUAUUGGUGCAUGUAUUAUUGUACCAAGUUUUAGGUUUGAGACAGCUGCCAAAUACCAUUACAUAUGUGAACAAGAUGAGAAUGAUAAUCCUGAGUUAACACCAGACGCUACUACAUCAGAACAACCACCUCAAAAGGAAUCGUUCUUGUCGUUAUUAUCUAUGCCACCAAUCUUAUUAUAUGCUUUAUUUCUGUUUGCAUACUUAGGGGCUGAGAUCACAACGGGUGCAUGGUUCUAUACAUACCUCCUGGAAACAAAAUCUACUGACCAAAUUAAGAUGUCCUACAUCGCAUCAACGUUCUGGAUCGGUCUCACUGCAGGUCGUCUUGUCUUAGGCUUCGUUACAAAGAGAGCAUUUUCUAAUGAAUACCGUGCAUGCCGAGUCUACUGUGGCAUGACUGUCUUCUUCUACACUUUAUACGUGUUAGUCGGUUGGAUUAAUAGUGAAUCCAUGUCAUAUUUGAUAACACUAUCUCUAGUAAUGUUCUGUUGUGGGUUUUUUAUUGGUCCAUUAUUCCCAUCGGCUAGUAUUGUUGCAGUGCAAGUAUUACCAAACAAGUUGCAAAUCAGUGGUGUUGGGAUUGCGGUUGCUUUCGGUGGCUGUGGUGGUGCCAUCUUACCGUAUUCUGCAGGUAUAAUAACUCACUGGAUUGGAAUCGAAUGGCUACCCACAAUUUGCUGGCUUUUGGUAGCUAUAUUCUCCGUUAUCUGGAUGCUUUAUCCGAAGUAUAUCAAGGGACAUGAUGAUGCCCUUUAA